AUGAAAUUUGAUGUGCAAAUUCUGCUAGCCUCCUUGUUAAUUGUCAUCAGUGCAAAUUACGCUUUGUCAUCCAAAUGUUAUAAAUGCGAUCCAUGUCCAAAUCCAUUCGAUCCUUUAUCUAAAGACGUAAAGAAUGCAACUGAUUGUAAAUGGUGUGCGAAAGUAACAGUUUCCAGCAUCUCACCGAAGGUAGUUAGAGAAUGUACAAGCGAGUGUUCGAUUCACAACUGGGAGAAGAAAUACAAUUCAUUUAGUUAUUUAUGCUGUACUGAUGACUUUUGUAAUUCAACUGUCCAUAAUUGUUCAGUUCAUCGAAUACUUCUUGCAGUUCUCUUGGUCAUCAUUUGCUUUUAUAUUAAUCAAAAUAAAUAAACAGAAAAAAUAUUUUCGGCAUACUCAAUUUGAUCUAUUUACAUCAUAAUUAUUAAUGACGUCAUCUUGCUUAAUUUGUACAUCUCACCUCUUAAUCUAUGUUUAAACCUGUGCUCCAUGUAGAAUGAUUGUAAUUCAACUCAUGUGAGAGGUUAAUCGCUUUCUAUGUUACAUUUAUGUCAUGAUUUCAUUCCGCCUUAUUUUGUAAUAAAGUCAUAUUUAAAAAA